AUGUUGCCCUUUCAACUCAACCAACCGACAGUGAUUAUUCAUUCCAUAUAUUGUAUCAUCAAUACUAAUAAUUGUAAUGGUCAUGGUAGUUGCGUCAAUGGACAAUGUCAAUGUGACGAUGGUUGGGUUGAUGAUUGUCGUUUGAAAAAUGAAAAAGAUACAAAUGUAAUAUUUAAACCAAACGUAACAUCACCAACAUCUUCAUUCUCAUUCAAUAAUUUUACAUUUUCAUUUAAUUUGGUUGAAAUUCAAGAGUUGGAUAUUGAUGGAAAUGUAGCCAAAAGAUUAGAAUCAAAUAGUUGGUUGUUGAAUGAUAGAUCAACAAAUGAUUUGGUAUCACUUUCAUAUGAUCUUGUCAGUCAUCAGAAUGACAGUGAUUAUUCACUGCUCAAUGUGACAUCGAUCGUUGAAUUCUCAAAUUCAUCGAGAUCAAUUCAAUUUGGUGAUGACAUCAUUCAAUUGGGUGCUGGUUCAAUCAAGAGUAUUAUCAACAACGAACAAUCAAUCAUUGGAUGUGAUGACUCUAUCAACACUAUUGAAUCAUUCCAACAAUCAAGCAACGACGACUCUAUUCAAUACCUUCGAGUAGUCAAAGACAAUGUUCAAUUCUUUGGUCGAUUCAUUGAUUAUUGUCUGUCAGAUGGCAGAAAGACCUAUUCAAAGACACAACUAAUCAACACAACAGCUAUCGAUCAAGACAACUCUAUUGCAUUGAUAGGUAUCAGUCUACCACAAUCACAAUCAUCGAUACUCGAUCCAGAUUUCAGUGCAUUGAUUAUCAAUCCAGAUAGUUAUGGUAAAUGUGACUCUAAAUCAGACAAUGACAGAUGGAAUAAAUCAAUCAAAAUGGAUACAAUCAACGAAAGAAGAUAA